AUGGCCACCACUACCACAGAGGAAAGCUCUCCAGUCCCGACCACUGUAGCACCCCAUCAGCCUGACUUGGAAGACAGCCUAAAACCCAACUCAGAGGCAGAAGCUGAGCUGGGCGAGACCCAGUGUGACAGAGAGGAAAAAGAGGAUGAGGAACAUGAAGAAGUGGAAAGAAGCUGUGAUUUGGAGCAGGAGAAUACAAAAGGGAAGAGUUUGGACCCAGAGUGGGUGGAGGAGAGGUUCAGGAUCGAUAGGAAGAAGCUGGAGACCAUGUUGUAUGCUCCAAAGCAUGAGGGUGUCGAGACGGGAGAGGAGUUUUUUGAGAGAGUAAUGAGAGAAACUAACACUCAGGUGAAAUGGCCAUCCAAACUGAAGAUAGGAGCCAAAUCAAAGAAAGAUCCACACGUGAAGGUGGAAGGGAAGAGAGCUAAUGUCCUGGAAGCCAAAAGGAAGAUACUAGAAGUGUUGGAAACCAGGGUAAACAAGGUGACUCUAAAAAUGGACGUGGCCUAUACGGAGCAUUCUCAUGUGAUUGGAAAAGGCGGAGGGAAUAUCAAAAAAGUGAUGGAGGUCACAUCCUGUCAUAUUCAUUUCCCUGACUCUAACCGUCACAAUGCUACUGGAGAGAAAAGCAACCAGGUCUCCAUCGCUGGGCCCAUAGAAGGCGUAGAGGAAGCCAGGAGGAGGAUAAGAGACCUCCAGCCGCUAUCCUUGACCUUUGACCUGCCAGUGAGUCUUGUGCCCCAGGCUCUGCCAGAUCCGGGUUCACCACUUAUCCAGCAGGUAGUACAGACUCUGGGGGUCAGUGUGAGCUUCAGGGCCAUGCCACCCCAGCCUCAAGCCCAGCCGCCCUUUUAUGGAAGCUGCUGCACCGUCUGGGGUAUGCAGGGCAAUGCAGAUGUUGUAAAGAAGGCGACCUGCAUCUUGAUGGACCUCCUGCUGGGAGCAGAGGUUGCAGGCGGUAUUGUCAGUAGCCAGCUGGACGUCACCUCCCAGCAGCACCUAUUCCUGCUGGGACAGAAUGGCGCUCACUUCCUAAGCGUUAUGCACCAGACCCAGACCCAGAUCAUCCUACCGGACCUCAGCGCCCCUCAGAGUCCUCCCUCGCUGCUCAUUCAGGGCAGCCCUGAUGGUGUUUGUCUGGCUCGGCAGCAGCUCAUGGACUGUCUGCCUGUGUGUUUGAUGUUUGACAUGCGUGAAGAUGGGGAGGCUGAUCCCUGUAAGCUAGCUCAGAUGAUGCGAAACCUUGGAGUCUUCAUUAGCGUCAAGCCCAAAGUAAAACAGACCAGCAAGUCAGUUGUGGUGAAAGGUCUGGAAAGGAAUAUUUCCUGCCUCUAUGAGGCCCGCCGUCUGCUCCUGGGGCUGGAUUCCUCUGAGACUGUUAAGAUAGCUGAAAUGACUCCUGGCUCUCUGCUACCUGGCAGUGGGCUGACCAAUUACUGGCUCAAUAUGUUGCUGCAGCAGCUUCGCCUGUCUGAACAGGGCCCCGUGCCUGUUCCUGCUACAGAGAUGCCGAACGGUACAAAGCCACGCCCCUCACCUCCACCAGGCCUCACCUCUCCCACUGAGGAGGGUAGGGCAGGGCCGAUGGGAACAGAUGGUCGACCUCUGGAGAAGAUUCUGGAAAAUGAGGACCAGUUUGGUCAGCAUGAGAGCUCUGAGGGUGUGGCGAUGUCAUCGUCUGAGACGUGUGACGCUUUGAAGAGCAGCAUCAGCAGGAUCGGACUGAAUGGUCGGAGGGGGAGCCUUCAGGGUCCUGAAAUUGCCAAGGUUUUCAGCCAGGGCAGGCGCCAUUCAACAGGGCAGGUGUUAACAUACAGAUUGCUGAACGCAGACACUGAGGGGGGGAGGAGUGAGCGGAGGAACAGCCUGAGGAGAGAUGUGACUCUGGCUCAAAAUGUUCGCGCUGACUCAUUCAAGGCUGAGGAUUAUGACUACGAAAAGAAGAAACUGCUGGCAACCAGAGCCAUGCAGAGGAAGCCUAUAGUCACAGAGGUCCGCACGCCCACAGACACGUGGAGUGGCCUUGGCUUCUCCAAGUCUAUGCCAGCCGAGGCCGUAAAAGAGCUUCGCAACAUCAGCAGACGCAACUACAAACCCUACCUGAGCACCGGUAAUAACCAGCAACAGUCUUGGGCUGCUCAGACAGGAAAGGUGGCUAAUGGAAGCGACUCUGAGAACUGGAGGGACAGACGUGGAUCCACAUCUUCAUCCCAGCCCAUCUCUUCCUCUUCGUCCUCAUCCUCAUCUUCCCCAUCCUCACCUCUGACUACUUUCUCCUCAUCAUCCUCUUUUCCUGCAUUUGCCUCCUCAAUGAACCGCACCAGAAGCGACAAGCCCUCGGAGAGCUUUGCGAGCAACGGCAGCAGCUACUUCGAAAGUGUGUGCUCACAGAGGAGGGGGUCGACCUGCAGUCAGCGGAGCCCCAGCCCCCACUUGACAGAUGACCUGCCUGAGCUGCUCGGCCAACUGGGCCUGCUCAAAUACAUCGAUGUGUUUGAACAGCAAGAGAUCGACUAUCAGACAUUCCUCACGCUGUCUGAUGAAGAUCUGAAGGAAGUGGGUGUAUCUACCUUUGGAGCCAGGCGCAAGAUGUUAUUAGCAAUCUCAGAACUGAACAAAAGCAAGAGGAGGCUCUCGGAUACACCUGCUGUGAAGCCUGGCUACCUGGAAGGUGGUGCUAGUGGUAGACUUCCACGAAUCAUGGAUGUGGAAGCUGCAGCUCAGAGUAACCGCUGGUGAGGGAAGACGCCAAAUAUGUGGAGAUAUUCUAAUGGGAAAAUAUACAACAAUGAUGAUGCCAGUACUAAAGUCUUACUAGCUCAUUUACUACAAAGGGAGAGGUGCGAGAUUGUCCUGAGAAACUACAAAAAUUAUGUAAAAUAUUUAAACACCGUGCCUUUCUUCUACAGCGUAACCCAAAGUUUUUUUAUAUAAUAAUUCAAAACAAGGAGGCUUUCCAUCCAAAACUCAGUUAUGACAAGAAACGAACUACACAAAGCACACAGGAACAGGAGAAAAUGUUGAUUUUUUUUUGUCAUAAAGUGCCUUUCUUAUGCAAACUCUAUAUUUCGACCAUAUUAACCACAAUCUUUAUGCAACUGUAAC